AUUGCUUGUUAGGGACGAAUUCUGAAGAGUCAAGACUAGGUUUACUAGCUUGGUUUUCUUACGCAAGGCCAAACAAAGGUGGAGUAGCAUGCAGUGGCAUCAAACUAUCACAUUAAGCAAACAAAGGAUGAUAGUGUUUUCUUAUUCUACAUAUCAUUUUCAGACUCGUUCCAUGUAAGAAUUAACACGCAUUACGAUUAUCAUUCCUUUUCCUGGUAUAUGGUAAGGAUAUACAGUAUAUACUUUGCUUGUAACACUAUUUUUACCUUCUACAACCUCUGAAAUACUCCAUUCACAGUAAUUUUAGCUUCAAUUAUAUCCCUAAUCAACAUAAUGGCCGGCUGAAGGAGAAUCCUCAUCAACAGUAGAAAAGGGAACACCGGAAGGCGCAGUUAAUUCCUUGCUCUCAAAGAAAUGAGAUUGCUUUGCUGUGUCAAAGAUGAGCUCCAAAAGCUUGAGAAGCUGGUUGCCAGAGGAAAAUUGUCUUAGAAACCCUGUUGUUAGGGUCUUAUCUCCAACCGACGUCAGUUGACGUCUGUCUCUCACAAGAUCGGCUUCAUCUUUCCAGAACAAGUUUCUUCAGGUCCGGCGUCGCUGCAAAGCACCCAGAUCGUUGGCUUCAUCUGUGAAGAUCGCCGUCCUCAUCUUCGGGUCGCGUCGCUUCUUCUCCGUCGCACGACCCGUCUUCUGCAACAGAUCCGGCAUCAUUCCAGAUCACCGUCGGGUUUCUCGUCGCCCAGACCUGUCGUGCGCCCUCGCCCAGCACCGUCGUCCUCCGUCUCCCAACGCAUUCGCGCGUCCAGACCCGUCGAUUUCCUCUUGACCUGUCGCGCGCACUCCGUCGUCCAGACUCUGCUGAGCUUCGUCCUCCAUCGCCCAGCACUCCGGCUCCGUCGCCCAGCCCCGGCGGUCCUUCUCUCUAGAUUGUUGGGUCCUUCUCUCCAGUUCAGAACCCAGACCCGUCUUCUCUCCAGGUCACCAACCCGUGCAGCAGAAAAAAAAAAAAAAAAAGGAAAGAAAUUGUUGCACGGCCUGUGUUAUUUUGUUACUUUUUUGGAUUCUCUUAUUCUUUUUAUUCCGCUGCAUACUCUGUGAUUGUGUGAUUUUGCUACUAUAUUGUUACGAUGAGCGGUGAUGAAUGUGAUGAAUGUGAAAAUUCUAAGAUCAAUGAGGUUCAAAAGAUUGAGGGUUCUGUCCGAAGUUCAGAUGGUGGUUCUUUUGUAGGUCCAAAACUCAAUGGUACCAAUUUUCGAACAUGGAAGAAGAUUAUGUCUGUCCAUCUUCAUGACAUACACAAGAUGGGGCAUGUGACUGGAACAACCAAAGCUCCUAGUGAGGAAGAUGCGGAUGCCUAUGCUAAGUGGGAGGAUGAUGAUGGAUCUGUGAUGGCUCUCUUAAUCAAAGCCAUGACUGAAGAUGUGCUACAGUUGGUAAAAGAGUGUGAGACUGCUGAAACAAUAUGGAAGACAUUGAGGGAUUUGUAUACAAAUGAGUCUGAUUUUAUAAAGGUUCAUGAAUUGAUGUGCAAAGCUGCUAGUAUGCAACAGAAUGGGCAACCGAUAGUUGUGUAUUUCACCAAGCUGAAGAAUGUAUGGGCUAAAAUUGAUCAGAAGCGUCCUUGCACGAUCAAGAAUCAGGAAGAUCUUGUGUGGUACCAGAAGGAGAGGGAGCUUGAAAGGGUUCAUGUAUUCUUGAGAGGGCUGGAUGAGAAGCAUAGCAGUGCCAAGGGAGAAUUGCUCAGAAUGACAGACCCUCCUAGCCUAAACACAGCUUUUACAUACAUCCGUAAGGAUGAGUCUCAGCAGGAAAGUGUCAAACAUGCACAGGUUGAAGUGUCUAGCCUAGCCAUUCAGGCCAAGUCACUUGCACCUUUCCUUCAGCAGCAGAGUUCAGUUCCCCUUCAUCAGCAAGGUCCUCCACAAGGCUUCACCAACCGCCCUCGUCCUCAAUGCUCUUAUUGCAACGACCUUAGACAUGUUCGAGAGACCUGUUGGAAGCUGAAUGGGUACCCCAAAAAGAAAGGUUAUCGUCCUAAGGCAAAGGCAGUUGCGGUUCAGUUGAUCCAAGAACCAGACUUCUAUGGCGUGACCGGGCAGGAUCAUCAUACUGUAGGUGGGGCUGCUCCUACAGCCUCUAUAGCUGGUCAUGGAUCUUCUCACCAGGGAGAUAAUCAGUCGAGGGUAUCUGAGGGGCAAGUUGUUCCAUCUGGAUCAGACAUACGCAUGGGAGAAACCAGGAGCACAGUCUCGCGCCGUUUUGACUUCGAAUUCUGAUAAGCUAAGUGAAAUUUGGUUGUGGCAUCGCCGUUUAGGGCAUCCAUCUUUUAGUCUUAUGAGAAAAACCAUGCCUACUCUGUUUAUUGCUGUGGAUGAGUCUGCUUUACAUUGUGAGACAUGUGUUUUGGCCAAGAGUCAUCGUGCUACUUAUUCUCCAAGUGUUUCUAAUAAAAGUGUUAUUCCUUUUGAGUUGAUUCA